AUGAGUUGUAUCUUGUCAAUGACGACAUCAAUAAAUUUCAAGAAGAAUAGAAUCUCCGGUUCAGACUUUCUUGAGUUGAAUCAAAAUGAUCUUGAAAAAUCAUCAGAAGACAUUACUGUUCAAAUAAUAAAACAAUUAAUUAAAAGUCUUGAUCAAUUUCCUCAUAAAGCUCACUUGGCAAAUUUCCUUAAUGAAAAUCCUCCAGUAAAAACACUGCUUGCUCCUAAUUAUUUUUCCAAUUUAGUACUGACGGAUAAUUUAUCCUCUCCCCCUCAUAUAGAUUCAUAUCAUGAGUUAUGGGAUAGUAUUAUUAAGAGUACUAUGGAGACAUUUGGAAUGCAUAGCACUAGUUUAUCAACAUUAGAAUUUGAUUGCUGCAAUUGCCCAGACAUGGUUGUAUUAGUAAUUAUAGAAAAGUUAUGGAAAAGCCCAUCAUGGAAAUCACAAUUCAACUUUGUAAAAUUCACGAAAACUUUACGUAAAGCUAAAACUGCCUACCCAUACGAGAAGAUGAUUCAAAGUUUCAUAUUUGAUUAUUCAGAAAUUGUUAUUUCACCAGAAGAUUUGAGCUUGAUUUCAAAAAGAUGUAAAAAUAUCAAAUACGUCAGAUUUAAAACUUUAUCAGCAUCUUUUACAGCCGAAACAGUGGCUGCCUUUCUGGAAAAUUGUUCAAGUCUAGUCUCGUUCACAAUUACAGAUAAACCACUCAAAUCAAGGCUCGCUAAUGCUUUGAAACCUAUUAGGGAUGGUCAUUGUUCGAAACUCUCAUAUUUAGAAUUAAGAAAUUUUAAAUGGAAGAUUGAUAUUCUUAAAGAUAUCGGUAGAGCUUGCCCAUUAAUCAACACAUUGGUCGUAUCUAAUGUUAUAACGAAUGUUAUUGCAGCUGUCAUAGUGGAGUUUUUUGUAAAUUUGGAGAAUUUCACUUGUAAUUCGAUCACUGGUGCGGGAUUUAGAAAUUUGUUUUCAUCAUGGUCAUCAUCUUCUUCCGCUUGUUGUCAAAAAAAUACAAGGAAAAAAUUAAAAAAAAUAUCAUUGGAAUUUCCUUACAUUACUCUAGAUGAUCUUUAUCUUAAUUCCCUUCAAUCUUUUAAAGAAUUUCCACCAUUGGAGUCAUUAACUUUAAGAUUUGGAUCUUAUUUUGGAUUUCGACAUUUUUUAAAUUUAUGGGUAAAUAGUAGAUGA